AGCCAAUCACAGAGCUUGCUAUCUGACUCACAGCACGGAGCUGGAAGCACAGCAGCGUCAGCUGAGUCUGGAUGUGUUGCGGCCGUCGUAGCAAGAAAAAUAAAAUAAUCCACCCAAAAGUAAAACACGACAGUAGAAUUUGCAACCUGACUCGUUCCUAGUGACCCACAAGAGAGAGAGAGAAGAGAGAAGAGAAGCCGCACAGACGACGCGCAGCGGGGCUAACGCAGCGUUCACAUCAACCCGGCAAACAAAGAGACCCCUUUCCAACGUCAACAUUUUUCCUCCAUAUUCAAUAGUUAUGAGUCAUGUGGCCGUCGACAAUGUCCACGGUCUAGAGCAGCAGCUCGCUGUCCUGGACUUGGCAGCGGCAGAAGGUCAGGGUGGCGGCACUGGCAGGCGGUACAUUCCUCCACAUUUAAGGAACAACGAAAUUCCCCAAAAUGCAGGAAAUGCGUUCUCUGCCGGACGACAGCCCGGCUUCGCCAUGACUCCCGGGCCCAACUACGGCGUGGGCGGCUGGGACGGCGGCCGCAACACCUUUGUGAACGGCUACCACGACAACCGGCUCAACGGCGCUAACACCUUCAACCGCGGGCCGCCGCGAAUGGAGCGGGGGCGGGGCCUCAGCGGAGGCGGAGGGGGAUACCGCGGCAACAGGGGCGGCGGCACCUUCAACCCCAUCAGCCCCAUCAACCCCAUGCAGCCCAUGGCGUUCGCCGGCUACGAGAAUAAAGGCGUCGGCCAAGCGACUAAAGGCUUUGUCACCAUGCCGACAGACGCCGGCUGGAACACUGUAAAGGAGGCGUACGGCGGCGGCGGCGGCGGAGGCUUCGGUAACAACCGCGGCAAGUCGGCCUUCUUCAACGACCGCGGAAACGCAAACAGAGGACGUUUCGACCGCGGUGGCUUCGGCGGAGGCGGCGGUGGUGGUGGUGGAGGCGGCGGCGGUGGAGGCGGAGGCAACAGUCGCUGGGUUGAGGAGAGCAGAGACGACGAAGACUGGUCCAAACAAACCCCGCAAAACGAACGCCUCGAAAGUGAGCUGUUUUCCAGCAGCAACACCGGGAUCAACUUUGAGAAGUACGACGACAUUCCUGUGGAGGCCACCGGCCAGAACUGCCCGCAUCACAUCGAGAGUUUCCAGGACAUUGCGAUGGGAGAUAUUGUGAUGUCCAACAUCGCUCUGACCCGCUACACCCGGCCGACCCCCGUGCAGAAGUACGCCAUUCCCAUCAUUAAGAGCAAGAGAGACCUGAUGGCCUGCGCACAGACAGGGUCCGGUAAGACGGCCGCGUUCCUGUUGCCUAUCCUCAGCCAGAUCUUCGCGGAUGGGCCAGGAGAUGCACUGGCUGCGGCUAAGGCGUCUGGACAGGACAAUGGGAAAUAUGGGCGUCGCAAGCAGUACCCCAUCUCCCUGGUGCUAGCCCCCACCAGAGAGCUGGCCCUGCAGAUAUACGAUGAGGCCAGGAAGUUCUCGUACCGGUCGCGGGUGCGUCCCUGCGUGGUGUACGGUGGCGCCGACAUCGGGCAGCAGAUCAGGGACCUGGAGCGAGGCUGUCACCUGCUGGUGGCCACGCCCGGCCGGCUGGUGGACAUGAUGGAGAGGGGCAAGAUCGGCCUGGACUUCUGCAACUACCUGGUUCUGGACGAGGCGGACCGCAUGCUCGACAUGGGCUUCGAGCCCCAGAUCCGGCGCAUCGUGGAGCAGGACACCAUGCCCUCCAAGGGCCUGCGUCAGACCAUGAUGUUCAGCGCCACCUUCCCCAAGGAGAUCCAGAUCCUCGCCAGGGAUUUCCUCGAGGACUACAUCUUCCUGGCGGUGGGGCGGGUCGGCUCCACCUCUGAGAACAUCACCCAGAAGGUGGUGUGGGUGGAGGAGAGCGACAAGCGGUCCUUCCUGCUCGACCUCCUCAACGCCACAGUGAUCCCCAGCGAGAUACAGGACAAUACAGGAGAGACCAUAGAAAAGCCCGGGAAGGACUCUCUCACACUGGUGUUCGUUGAGACCAAGAAGGGCGCCGACGCCCUGGAGGACUUCCUGUACCGCGAGGGCUACGCCUGCACCAGUAUCCACGGCGACCGGUCCCAGCGCGACCGCGAGGAGGCGCUGCACCAGUUCCGCUCCGGACGCUGCCCCAUCCUGGUUGCCACUGCGGUGGCAGCUCGAGGCCUGGACAUCUCCAACGUGAAGCAUGUCAUCAACUUCGACCUGCCCAGUGACAUUGAGGAGUACGUCCACCGUAUCGGGCGUACGGGCCGCGUGGGGAACCUGGGUCUGGCAACGUCGUUCUUCAACGACAAGAACGGCAACAUCACGAAGGACCUCCUGGACAUCCUGGUGGAGGCCAAGCAGGAGGUGCCGUCCUGGCUGGAGAGCCUCGCCUACGAGCACCAGCACAAGAGCACCGGCCGCGGGCGCUCCAAGAGGUCAAGUUACCGUUCUGCUGGACAGGUUCCCAGGUUCUCCGGUGGGUUCGCCGCCAGGGACUACCGCCAGACCAGCGCCGCUAGUAACCCCGGGGGCUUUGGUGGUCGCGGCGGCGGCCGCAACCAAUCGGUGCACGGAGGGAACCGCGGAUUCGGAGGAGGGGGCUUCGGGAACUUCUACAGCAGCGACGGCUACGGGGGCAACUACUCCCACUCCCAGGUGGACUGGUGGGGCAACUAAACCCCUCCCCCAAAUGACCCUUCACCCCUCCCCCUUUGUCUAUCGUCGUCCUUCUCUUCAGCGUACCCUCCCCUAGUGGUUUAUUUGUUUUCGUUCCACAGCAUGCCCCCCCGUGCGGAAAUGUUGUGCCCCCCCCUUUUUAGAUCCUCUUCCUCGUCCAGCAUCCCCUCCACCUCCUCCCAUUACAGAGUCCACAGCCCUAAACGGAUCCCACACAAUAGUCAGUUGUUUUUCAUGGGACUUUGUGUCUUUGAUCGCUUGCUAGCCCCGCCCCCUAAACCCCCACCCCCUCAGCUUCUAGUGCACUUUGGUUCAUCAUCACCGUGACGAACGCAAAGCUCCCCAUUAACGCUGGGGAUUCGAAACGGAGAGUCUUGAGUCGUUUAACCCUUAGUUUCCCCUUAAAAAUCGCUCAGGGGGAAUCACACUGCGGGAGGGAGGUAUGACCUCAAGUUCAUCGACCUUUGGGUUGCGGUGACCGCCGUAGUGCUCACCCCCCCCCCCCCCCCCCCCCUAUGUAGCUGUCACUCACCGCCUCCCCCCUCCCCUGACUUCAGCGUAUGACCAGCCUGUGUUUCCCAGAUCCACACAAACUUAACUCCCUUAAUCCACGGCUCGGCAUUCAAAGGCAUGACGCCAGAUCCCCUCCCUCCCCCCUGGACUUAAGUUCUUUUUAAGUGUCGAUGUGUGACCGUGUGUGCACUGGCAUGGCUGUUUUCAUAGGUCACCCAGCCCAGACACCAGUAGUCGUCACGCAGCGUUUAAAAGAGAGCUUUCAGUGUUUUCGUCGUUCAAGCGAUCCCAUGAAACUGGCCGUCUUCUCAUGGCCAUGCGACAGAUAGACAGACAGACAGUCAGAGUAUCCUAGCAGAGUUUUCAUUUUUUUUGGAUAGAAAGGCAGAAAUUUGAUUGACAGGUGUGCCGGCGAGACACGAUGGUUGUUUCUCGACGACAAACUGUGGUAAAGUCGUGAACUUGUGCACUUUUAAAUUCCACCCGCUCAGAAAUGCAUUUUUCUCUUUGCUGCAAAAAACAAUGGAGCAUUUGUUAGUGUACUGUGCCUCCGAGAAUCAGAACGGUAUCUCCUGCAAUUGUGUUUCUUUGUUUUAAUUGCCUGAAUAUACAUAUAUAUAUCAAUAUAAAUAAAUAUAUAUAUGUGUAUAAAACCGGCGACCAACUUUUUAGCCCGCUGUGACUCAAAUAUGUCUUUAAUAUCAUGUUUUGGUGAACAUGUUUUGUGGAUUUCUAUUUGGAAGGAAAAACCCAACUAGAACUAAAUCAAACCUUGGCAAACAACCUAAAAAAUCGUUCGUCUAUAGAAGUCAAUCGCAGGGUCUUAUUGACACGCCGAAUCCCAAAAGCAUCUUAUCUGCGUCGCUGUGUUCAACCCGCGUCGCCGAAGGCCCAGUACCAGUCUGUGUGUGUGUGUGUUUGAAAUUGAAAUAUCAAAUGCCACGCACUGCAUCCUGCUUUCGGGGAUGCCAAGAUUGCAUCCGAAGUUUGUGUGAAGCAAAACAACCAAUUGAUGAAAAGGCGUCAAUGUGUUCAUGUUAAACACAGGACAUGUCACGGCAUCGCAACAGCCUGUGGACCGUGCUGUGUAUCUUUUAAUUUUACGACAUUUUCCACGAAAGGUACUGGCUGCGGGACAGUUGAGGCGACGGCAGAGGGGUAACAUGCUUUUGGGAAGGCACGCCCUGUUUCGAGGUGACCUAAGUGUCACACCGUGAGCUCUGGGGGUUCAGGGGGGCACCAUCUGGGUUUCCCAAAGCCAUUCCGACCACUAAAUCGGAAUAAAAAAAAAAAGAUAUGGAUUACAUUUUUUGGAAAAAACAGUUACGAUUUAUUUUCUCUGAAAAAACGAAUUGGAUGUGCAGAAACAAUGUGAAGCUGUGCACUGGGUUUACCGACCUUUUGACCCCCAGAAAUGGAAGUGGUGGAACCCGCAUUGCUACCAGCCGAAAAUUGAAAACGAGUGUCCGAAUGUUCGGUCCGCGGAAGAGCUCAGUGGCGCCUGAUUGGCUUUGGGAAACUGAUCCUUUGUCGCAACGACUGCAGACGGGAAAACCUAUUUCCGCUGUCGAUGUUUUAAAGAAGCCCCUCGUCCGCCAAAAGUCACCUAUUUCAAAGGGGUACACACAAAGCAAAUCAUUUCAAAAGAGUUCAAUUUAUUUCUCGCUCACUCUAUCCUGGAGAGUCUAGUAUGAAGAAGUCUUCUCUAAAAAAACAAGCCGUUCGAAGUUUAUCCAUUUGGUUCCCUGGAGGUGAUAAAAAGUCGAGUGGGGGAUGGGCGUGUUUUGGGGGGGUGGGCGUCGUACAACGGGGCAUCACUAGCCAGUGGCGCUGGACACCACUAGCAUCGGCUUUGUAUAGAAGUCGAGUUAAACGUCUGAGCGUCACGCCCGGGAAGCCAAGCUAGUUCUGUCCGGGCGAUAUAUCGGAGGCUAGGUUUUAGUCUCCUUAACCCCGACACGAAGUCCAUUCCCGCUUCUAAAAUGUUUUUUGUUCCGAGCAGCAGAAGUCAAAAUGUACAGUCUGUACGAUUUGAGUUUAAAAAUUAAAACAACGUACAUUUUGUAUUUAUUUAUAUUUUUUUUAAACAGGGCCUCGUUUUUCGGGUAUUCGGGGGUUGAGACGCUCCUAUUCUCGUACGUGAUUUAGGAUUUACGACAUCUGUGGUAAAUAUGUGCAAAUGUCUGCAAAUGAGAUGCGUACCGUUUUUGGUGAAUCUUGUUUUGCAACACAUUUGUUCCUUGUUUUCCUCGGGUCAAAGAAGGAUUUAGUUUUACAAAAUCAAAUGUUAAAAAAGGGGGUAUUUUCCCUUAUUAAAAUAGUGCCAGUGAGGAAGAUUCUUUGCUGGUAACACACGCGAGGUCCUGUCGUUCUACUUCCCUUAAUUUUUUGCACAUCGGCUUUGAGAGACAAACAAGGCAAGUUAACGUAUGCAAGUGUUAUUGUUUUUUGGUCAAGAAGUAAACAUAAAAUUCUGCAGUUUAGCAGAAAUGAAAUAUUCCUCUACAGGCUUUUAUUUAGCUAAUUCAGGUCUCUUUCUCAAUUGUUGUGUACUCCAUAUUUUUUUUUUAAACAUCGAUUUUCACUCCCCCCGACAGACAUAAGCUGUAAAAACGAGGCAGCCUUACAAAAUAUUUAAUUUAUUAGAGUUUCAACGAGAGGUCAUGUACACGCCAGAAUAAUCAACAGCAAUAGUGCUUUCAAUCGUUUUACUCAAGUUAUUAUUAGAUUCCUAGGAUGGCUGGUUUGCAUUGUUAAGAAACUGAAGAACCACACACCCACGUGUAAUUAGAACUGUCAAACGGGACAAAGUCUCGCUGGUAUUGUUUUAAUUGAAUUGGAUUUUUUUUUGUUCAGAGCCCCUCUAUAGUCGUUAGGCCAUGGUUAGAGCAUUGAAUACCUGAGAAGACCUCAAAACCCCUCACAACUCGAGGGAGGGCAUCCCUGUGGAAUCUCUUGAAUCAAGUCAGUGGCGAGGGCAUUAAUAUGAUCUCAUCUGGGAACUCAACUCUAGGCAGUGGACUCUUCUGGACCUUGAGCAACUAGGGAGGUGUUUUUUUUACGUGGUAACGCUUCUGCUCAGUGAUGUGUUCGGGGUCUUGCCUGCGAGUUCAGGGCGUCUCUGGCUGUGUUUUGUGGCAACGUUGGCCACUGGCUUUUAGGUUGCUUCGGGAAAUCGUUUGUCAGAAAUAUAUCAGUUUCCCUUACAAUGGGACAACUGGAUCCGUUUCCCCUCAAGACGAUUAGAAAGCAGUACUGUGGCAGCAUCUGUUACGUGACACCAAAUGUUGUUUUGUCUCCCCACCGUUUAGACGAUUGGAUUUUAUGUUGGAAAGUCUUAAAAUUGGUUGAGUGCCAAAAAUAAAUAAAGAAAAAUAAAUCGGUUUUUAUACCUGCUGGCAGUUCGUGACCAUUUUGUUGCUGAUGUUCAUUUUUUUCUACAUUUAAAAUAAGGUAUUUGAGGAUAGCAUAUGAGCUGAGGGUGUACUAGCCCACAUGCUUUUUAGGCAUCAGUGUGCGUUGUUUUUGUAUUUGUUACAAGGGGAUGUUGUGAGCGGUUCUCUUUGCACCUCAACGUGCCGGCAAGGAGCAUUCAGUUAAAAGAAGCAUUCCGUAAAGAACGUAGAGUUGUUUCCUCAGAAGAUUCCGUGAAGUCGUGGAGUUUUACGCGUGGACGGAUUCCGAAAAGACGUAGACUUUUACGCCUCGACAGAUUCCGUAGAGUCGUAGGUCCUAACAGAACGGAGUGAACCCUGCUCCCUGCGGUGACAUGACGGGGCCCAUAAUGGAACGAGCCGUUAAAAGUUGACCUCCCCCCAGCCCCCCACCCUCCGCCUUGAGUAGCAACACAACACAAUGACCUUUCAGAGCAGACCACUGAUUCAUCGGACACUCCCCCUUUUUAUUAGCAAGAUUUCUGUUUUCAACACAGGGGGCCUUCUCCUGGGUUUACACGGCUAGGAUUGUGUCUGAACGAACCCCAUACUUACUGUGAGACCUGCGCAGUGCCUUGAUCUUAUCGAAUUCCAACAUCUUCCACCUGAGCCCCCGGCAAGGCAUGCUGCCCCCCCCCCCCCCCCCCCCCCCCCGAGUCAGUAACAAGGACCCUGUGAAGUUCAAGAACAGCCGGUAUACCCCAUGAACUCGGACCAUGAAGACGACGUCGUAGCACACGCAAGCAGAUUUGUAAAUAGAUAAUUUUGUACAUGCGCCACGACCAACGCUCUCCCCUCUCCCCACUCUCCCCUCCACUCCGAGAGGGGAAGUUCCCACACCUUUAUCUCCGGAGGAGGUCGUUCACGGGAUCUAUCAACCCCGAACGUUUUUCCCCAACGUUUGACGCAUUCAAUUUGGUGACGCCCCUUUCCCAGCAGGGGGUCCUGAUUAGACGUCCCCCAGUUAAACAGCGGUGUUCCCCCACACCAGCGGUGGUCUCCGUUGGCCCCCUCCUCACCCCCCUGGUUUUAUAUCCCUGCACACGGUCGUUCUAUAGUCCUGCUCCCUGCACUGUCCGCACAGUCCUACACACAGCGGUUUCCAGUCACAUAGUCAAACACGGCAGGGUUGGCCUUUCACAGUCAUAAUCCUGUACACAGCGGGGUUCUCCAUAGCCGUACACAUUAGAGGUGCUACGCUUCUGGUAGCCCAGCGGUUAGCGGUCGUCCCCUAACACCCCCCCCCCCACACCAGCCGCCCCAAUUUACAUGUGGUUGAUGGAACUAUUAAAUCCACCCCUGAUUUUCUGAUGCGCUGCGACACGAUACUUAUUUAGGUUUGUACAUUCAGCUUUAACGUUCAGCAGACAUUUUCUCGAGGGCAUUCCCUUUGCGCCCUCAGGGGAGAGUGUGUGUGUGUGUGUGUGUGUGUGUCUUAAGACAACGACCACUACUGUGUGCGUUUGUUUUAUUGAAGUCACAGGGUGAUUGAGUGAGGAAGUGUGUGUGUGUGUGUGUGUGUGUGUUCAACUACAGAGUGUGUGUUGAACGAAACAGUGUGUGGGGGACGGGGGUUUUCAGCCGAGGCAGCCGGGGGGGGGUCACAGGAAGGGGUUCAUGAUGGACAGUUACAGAGGAAAUUAGCAUAUUUGCACACAACAACAAAGACCUAGAAUCUACUUCUGCUGCUAGUUUGUGUAAUUUAUCAAGCAUUUUUGAGAAAUAUUUAUUUUUAUAAGCCUAAUAAAAAAAAAAAUGAUAUUGAAAGUCACUUGACCAAAAGACAGUUAAACAAAACACUGGCAGUUGAAUGUCGAAAUAUCGUGGAUCGUGUGAGUGGAAAUUUCUAUUUUUCUCGGGUAGUGUGAGCUUUUUAAAUGUUAAAGAAGCGACGUGUAGGAAUUUCUCGUUUCAUUCAUCGCUGUUUUUUGCCGCGACGUUCCUCUGGCAAGAUAGCGGGAAUUCCCGUUUGAAGGAAUUCCGCGAGCCAGAGGACAUUUUGUUGAAAGUGUUGAUGUUAGACGAAUCGGUCCCAAGUGAACCGCUUAUUUUUUCACGUUGUCUCUUUUAAAAAAGUUGUAAAAGUUCUCAAAUUUUUCCGAUUUCAAUUUUAUUUUAUUUCUUCUCGAUGACGGGCAGAAAUUUCAAUUUCAAUCGCUCAAAAGGCUUUCCGAUAAAUCUGCUUUUUGGGGAAGCGGCUCACGGGAUCCGAAUUCUAGCACCAACAGCUCGGCGGUCAGUAUCGACAGCGAUGCGUUUGGAGAAAAUCCUACAGAAGUUGCCUUUAAAGUCAUAUUGGACUCUCUAUCGGAUCUGUAAGCCUGUUCGCGUAACAGGCUGUCAUUGCCAACAAAUUCUGAUCUGCUGGAAUCAACCGUCUUUAAAUCGGCGAACUAAAAAAAUCGGAAACCAACAAUGCCAAGGUUUGGAUUAAUAAAAUAAAAACAAAACGUUAAGAUCAAAAAUGGUAAAUGAGAAAAAAAAUAAAAAACAUAAAAUAAACCAAAAAAAAAGACAAAACAUAACCGUACGAAAAAACAAUGUCCAGAUUCUCUCCAGUUAUUUACAUUUUAAUUUUUUUGGUUCAUUUGAGUUGCUGUUUUUUUUUUCCUUCCCCUACACUCUUGUGAAUGUCUGGCAAGUGGCGAUCUUUAUAGUCUUUGUAACACAAAUAAAUAAACAUGUGGAUCUGUUGAUA